GUUGGUUCGCUGCAAACAGCUUGGUUCUCCCUCCGGUCCGCAUUGUUAAGUUUCUGCUCCGAAUGAACUGAGAUGCCACCAGUGAUUCACUCAGUCAGAGACAGCUCCGCCGUCGGUCGGUUCCCAACUGUCACUUUGCCAUUUGUGGAAGAGGUGGAGGUGGAAAAAGAGGAACCGGCAGAGAAUGACGUUAACCAGGAGAGCGCCUGUCUACGGUGGCUGCGUAAGGCGUGUCCGUGCUGUUAUAAACGGGCAGACGACGACGACGCCACGGAGACCGUGGUCACCGGGGUGGAUGAUCCAGAUAAAGAGAACGAGGCAAAUGGAGAGAAGCCAACCACUGAGGAAGGCAAUCUAAAUGCACUCCUUCUGAACGUCCGAUCGAUAGAUCUGAUGAAAAGCAAGACGGGAGCGAACCUGCUGGAGCAUCACACCAACCUCUACCAGAGCGACAAGUUCGUCAUCCGCAGAGGGCAGACCUUCCAGAUGUGGAUAACCUUAUCUCGACCUUUUGACCCCAACACAGACAAGCUUCAUCUGGAACUGAAAACAGGUCCCCUCCCUGCGGUGUCGAACGGAACCCACGUCAUCGUCCCUCUGGUGAAGGACCUGGAGGACGGUCGCUGGGAGGCCGCGGUCGUCCAGCAGGACGACAGGAGGCUAAAGCUGUCUGUGAAUUCGCCUCCAACAGCUGUGGUGGGCAGGUACCAGCUCACCGUGGAAACGAGCUGCGCCAACGGCCCGGCCACCUCCAGACACGACCCCGCCAAUGACAUCUACAUGCUGUUCAACCCCUGGUGUGAAGAUGACUCCGUCUUCCUGGACUCUGAGGAGGAGAGGCAGGAGUACGUCCUCAACGACGUUGGACGGAUCUACUACGGCACAGAUCUUCAGAUCGGAGAGAGGACGUGGGACUACGGCCAGUUUAACAACGGGAUCCUCGCCGCGUGCCUCUUCAUGUUGGAUCGGAGUCGAACCCCAAACUCUGGUUGGGGCGACCCAGUUAAUGUGACGCGGAUCAUCUCAGCCAUGGUAAACUCUCCCGACGACCUCGGUGUUUUGGAAGGAAACUGGUCAGGAGACUAUUCACAGGGAACUUCCCCCACUGUGUGGAGUUCAAGUGUGGAGAUCCUGAAGCAGUACUAUGAAAGCAGGGGAACGCCCGUUCGGUACGGCCAGUGCUGGGUCUUUGCUGGUGUCUUCACUGCAGUGUUACGUUGUCUAGGCAUUCCUGCUCGAACGGUGACCAACUUUAGCUCGGCGCACGAUACCGACAUCUCCUUGACGACUGACAUCUACCUGGACGAGGAAAUGGAGCCGAUAGAACACCUUAAUGCAGAUUCUAUCUGGAACUUCCACGUUUGGACCGAUUGCUGGAUGUCUCGUCCAGACUUGCCCCCUGGCAAUGGAGGCUGGCAAACCGUCGAUGCCACACCGCAGGAAACCAGCCAGGGCAUAUUUCGCUGCGGCCCGGCUUCCCUCAGCGCGAUCCGCAAUGGUCAGGUCUACCUCAAACACGACUGCGCCUUUGUGUUUGCUGAGGUGAAUAGUGAUAAAAUAUACUGGCAGAAGAACAAAGAUGGCACCUUCCGUCAAAUCUACAGUGAGAAGAACACUGUGGGUCGCUCCAUCAGCACCAAGGCCGUGGGCUCAGACGAACGCCUGGACAUCACACACCUUUACAAACACCCAGAAGGUUCAGAGGAGGAACGUAUUGCCGUGGAAACCGCCUGUAGCUACGGCUCCAAAGCAGCCGCCUACUCGUCUCCAACAGCGGAAGACGUCUCUUUAGAAGUGAUGAUGCAGGGCGACGGUCCCAGAAUGGGGGAGAAUGCAGAGCUGACCAUCAGGCUGAAGAACGUCAGCUCGGAGCCGCGCACCGUUACGUUGCACAGCCAGCUGUCCGUCAUGUACUACACCGGAGUCCACAAGGACACGGUGAAGAAGGACACAGUAGACGAGGAGAUUCUGCCCAACGAGGUGAACGAAUUGACUUGGGAAUUGCAGUACGACGUGUACAAGAACCAGCUGGUAGAUCAGGCUGCCCUGAUGCUAACGCUUUCCGCCAGGGUUAGAGAAACACAGCAAGUCCUGGCGACCCAGUUCGGCUUCCGACUCAGGACCCCAGACCUCGUUAUAAAGCCGGUUGGGAAGGCGGUGGUGGGGCAGAAGAUGAAAGUGGAGAUUUCUUUCACAAACCCUCUACCCCUGGUGCUGAAAGCAGUGAUUUUUCACCUGGAAGGAACAGGCCUCCUACCUGGGAAGAAGAUUCCCUAUGCAGAUAUCGGAGGACAUGCCUCCGUCUCCUUCACGGAGCACUUCGUCCCCACUCUUCCCGGACCGAGGAAAUUACUGGCUUCUCUGGACUGCCGGCAGCUCACACAGGUCCACGGCGUGAGCGACAUCAACGUGGAGGACAAAAGCAGCGCGGCUUCGUAGGGACCUGCCAAGUUCUGACAGUCAAUUACCCGGCGUACUGUGGGCUGAUUCCUAUCGCCAACCCGUGAACUCCUCUCUCCAUUUUAUUUAUAUGUGAAGCCAGUAUUCAGAUCUCGCAAUGUAUUCCACCCGCAGCGCCGAUUAAAUUUGCACAAGAAUUGCAAAUUUAAGGAUUUCAGGCGGAAAUCUGAUACGUGUCCACAAAGAGCGGACGCUUUAAUAAUAUCGGACGAAGCCCAGUGUGAAGCUUGCAUCACUCCUUAUAUGGGCGACGCAACCGUGUGCAGAACCAUGAUAAAUGCAGCUGACGUGACCAGCGGAGGUUGGACCGGCUAAGUAACUCUAAUGAAGGAAAUGUGCUUUAGCUAAAACAAGAUCUGUAUUUAUGUCUCGUUUUAUGAUUCAUCCAUGCAAUCUAUACCAUUCCUGAAAAACAACAUCUACAGUACUCCCUGUUUCAAAUUUGUUUGCAUCAAUAAAAGAGCAAUAGAUUACAGA